CUUCUCUUGCUAUAUAACCCCACCGCCACUCAACCUCACCCCCGCCGACUUAUCCUCACCGUAGUCUCAGCGUCUCUCUCUCUCUCUCUCUCUCCCUAACAUCUCUGUUUAUUGCUUUCUGGGUAAAAGCUAGAAGAAUCGAACAGGGUCUUGCAAACAUGCUCGUCUACCAGGAUCUCAUCACAGGCGAUGAGCUGUUGUCUGACUCAUUCCCUUACAAGGAAAUUGAGAAUGGGAUGCUCUGGGAAGUGGAAGGAAAGUGGGUUGUGAAAGGGGCAGUCGAUGUGGAUAUUGGGGCAAACCCUUCUGCGGAGGGUGGUGAGGAAGAUGAAGGGGUUGAUGAUCAGGCCGUCAAGGUUGUCGACAUUGUCGACACUUUCAGGCUCCAGGAGCAACCUCCCUUCGACAAGAAGCAGUUUGUGGCGUACGUGAAGAAGUACAUCAAGCUGAUCACGCCAAAGUUGGAGCCUGAGAAGCAGGAGCUGUUCAAGAAGCACAUCGAAGGAGCAACCAAGUACCUCCUGUCGAAACUCAGCGACCUCCAAUUUUUCGUCGGGGAGAGCAUGCAUGAUGAUAGUACCCUGGUGUUUGCCUACUACAAGGAAGGUGCUACCGAUCCCACGUUCCUCUACUUCGCUUACGGGCUGAAGGAAGUCAAGUGUUAAAAGGCCCCGGUAGUCGAGUGCAAUAUGAAGUCUCAGGAUUUUACGUACAGAUAGGGAACUUAUGAAAUUUUGUCUGCUUUAACUUCUUUAACAUGUUCGGUUGCAUACGUAGGGAACUUAGGAAAUUUCUCUGCUUUACUUCCAUGCAGUGUUUGGUUGUCAUGAAUGUGAUAAGUUUCUUUUUCUCCGUCUAA